GGUGCUUCUGCUUCAUGCGGCCCGAGCGCCGCGUGGUGCUGCAGGGCGACCUUCUACUGCUCUGUCACCUUGCACAAGGCGAGCACCCGGCAGUGCUGCAGAUGCGGUCGCUGAAGAAUCUGGGUAGUGUCCCCGAGCUUACGGACGUGGAUCCGUAUACUGUCCAGCGUGUUGUGCUGCUUGACGAUGCGAAGGUGCUUUCUGACGGUGCUCUCUGCACAAUCGCUCCCAAAGAGGGGCGUGCAUUGCAACUUCAUUUCCGCACUCAGCAGGUAGCCAGGCAAUGGUGCCAGCUCCUGGACAAAGCUUGCCAGGGCGCAACUAGGCAGGAGGAG